AACAUGGCCAAUGCCCUGGCCAAUGCGAUGUGUGAGCGCUGUAAAAGUGGCUUUGCCCCAGCGGAGAAGAUCGUCAACAGUAACGGGGAGCUGUACCAUGAGGGGUGCUUCGUUUGUGCUCAGUGCUUCCAACAGUUCCCUGAGGGUCUCUUCUACGAGGUGAUGUUCACUUUGAUUUGUUUUCAAAUUCUUUGUGGGUCUGUGUGAUCUGUGGGAAAUAUUUGUCUCUAAUAUGGUCAUACAUUUGUCAGGAGGUUAGGAAGUGUAGCUCAGUUUCCACCUCAUUUUGUGGGCAGUGGGCACAUAGGUCUGCCUAUGGCGGCCUCUCUCAAUAGCAAGGCUAUGCUCAGUGAGUCUGUACAUAGUCAAGGAUUUUCUUAAUUUAGGGUCAGGCCACUGUGUACUCUCUUUUUAGGGCCAGAUAUCGUUCCAAUUUUCUCUGUUUUUUGGUUGAUUCUUUCCAGUGUGUCAAAUAGUUAUGUUUUUGCUUUCUCAUAAUAUGGUUGGGUCUAAAUGUGUUUCUGUCCUGGGGCUCUGUGGGGUCUGUUUGUGUUUGUGAACAGAGCCCCAUAACCAGCUGGCUGUGGGGACUCGUCUCUAGGUUAAUCUCUCUGUAGGUGAGGGCUUUAUGGUGGAAUGUGUGGGCAUCGCUUCCUUUUAGGUGGUUGUAGAAUUUAACAGCUCUUUUCUGGAUGUUGAUAACUAGCGGGUGUAGUCCUAAUUCUGCUCUGCAUGCAUUGUUUGGGGUUUUGCGUUGUACACAAAGUAUAUUUUUGCAGUACAAUUCUUGAGUGGACCCCAGACCUCACAACCAUCGAGGGCAAUGGGUUCGAUAACUGAUUGAAUUAUUCUUUACCAGAUCCUAAUUGGGAUGUUGAGUUUUAUGUUCCUUUUGAUGGCAUAGAAGGCCCUUCUUUCCUUGUCUCUUAGAUCGUUCACAGCCUUGUGGACAUUACCUGUGGUGUUGAUGUUUAGGUAGGUGUAAUUAUUUUGUGCUCUAGAGCAACAGUGUCUAGAUAGAAUGUGUAUUUGUUGUCUUGGCUACAAGUUGAGUCAAAAGCUUUUUUGAAAUCAACAAAGCAUGAGAAAACGUUGCUUUUGUUUUGUUUGUCAAUAAUGGUGUGCAGGGUGUAUACGUGGUCUGUUGAACGUUAUUUUGGUAAGAAGCCAAUUUGACAUUUGCUCAGGACAUUAUUUUCACUGAGAAAAUGUUGGAGUCUGCUGUUGAUGAUGCUGCAGAGGAUUUUUCAGAGAUUGCUGCAGAUGCAAGGUAAUUAUUGGGGUCAAAUUUGUCUCCACUUUUGUGGAUUGGGAUGAUCAGGCCUUGGUUCCAAAUAUUAGGGAAGAUGCCAGAGAUGAGGAUAAAGUUGAAGAGUUUAAGAAUAGCCCAUUUGAAUUUGUGGUCUGUAUAUUUUAUCAUUUUGUUUAGUAUACCAUCAACACCACAGGCCUUUUUGGGUUGGAGGGUUUGUAUUUUGUCCUGUAGCUCAUCCAAUGUAAUUUGAGAAUGCUGUGGGUUCUGAUAGUGUUUAGUAGCUGAUUCUACGUUUUGUAAAUUACCAUGUAUAUGUUUUUGCUCUUGUUUUUUUUAUAUACAGUGGGGAGAACAAGUAUUUGAUACACUGCCGAUUUUGCAGGUUUUCCUACUUACAAAGCAUGUAGAGGUCUGUAAUUUUUAUCAUAGGCACACUUCAACUGUGAGAGACGGAAUAUAAAACAAAAAUCCAGAAAAUCACAUUGUAUGAUUUUUAAGUAAUUCAUUUGCAUUUUAUUGCAUGACAUAAGUAUUUGAUACAUCAGAAAAGCAGAACUUAAUAUUUGGUACAGAAACCUUUGUUUGCAAUUACAGAGAUCAUACGUUUCCUGUAGGUCUUGACCAGGUUUGCACACACUGCAGCAGGGAUUUUGGCCCACUCCUCCAUACAGACCUUCUCCAGAUCCUUCAGGUUUUGGGGCUGUCGCUGGGCAAUACGGACUUUCAGCUCCCUCCAAAGAUUUUCUAUUGGGUUCAGGUCUGGAGACUGGCUAGGCCACUCCAGGACCUUGAGAUGCUUCUUACGGAGCCACUCCUUAGUUGCCCUUGCUGUGUGUUUCGGGUCGUUGUCAUGCUGGAAGACCCAGCCACAACCCAUCUUCAAUGCUCUUACUGAAGGAAGGAGGUUGUUGGCCAAGAUCUCGCAAUACAUGGCCCCAUCCAUCCUCCCCUCAAUACGGUGCAGUCGUCCUGUCCCCUUUGCAGAAAAGCAUCCCCAAAGAAUGAUGUUUCCACCUCCAUGCUUCACAGUUGGGAUGGUGUUCUUGGGGUUGUACUCGUCCUUCUUCUUCCUCCAAACACAGCGAGUGGAGUUUAGACGAAAAAGCUCUAUUUUUGUCUCAUCAUGACCUUCUCCCAUUCCUCCUCUGGAUCAUCUAGAUGGUCAUUGGCAAACUUCAGACGGGCCUGGACAUGCGCCGGCUUGAGCAGGGGGACCUUGCGUGCGCUGCAGGAUUUUAAUCCAUGACGGCGUAGUGUGUUACUAAUGGUUUUCUUUGAGACUGUGGUCCCAGCUCUCUUCAGGUCAUUGACCAUGUCCUGCCGUGUAGUUCUGGGCUGAUCCCUCACCUUCCUCAUGAUCAUUGAUGCCCCACGAGGUGAGAUCUUGCAUGGAGCCCCAGACCGAGGAUGAUUGACCGUCAUCUUGAACUUCUUCCAUUUUCUAAUAAUUGCGCCAACAGUUGUUGCCUUCUCACCAAGCUGCUUGCCUAUUGUCCUGUAGCCCAUCCCAGCUUUGUGCAGGUCUACAAUAUUAUCCCUGAUGUCCUUACACAGCUCUCUGGUCUUGGCCAUUGUGGAGAGGUUGGAGUCUGUUUGAUUGAGUGUGUGGACAGGUGUCUUUUAUACAGGUAACGAGUUCAAACAUGUGCAGUUAAUACAGGUAAUGAGUGGAGAACAGGAGGGCUUCUUAAAGAAAAACUAACAGGUCUGUGAGAGCUGGAAUUCUUACUGGUUGGUAGGUGAUCAAAUACUUAUGUCAUGCAAUAAAAUGCAAAUUAAUUAUUUAAAAAUCAUACAAUGUGAUUUUCUGGAUUUUUGUUUUAGAUUCCGUCUCUCACAGUUGAAUUGUACCUAUGAUAAAAAAAUUACAGACCUCUACACGCUUUGUAAGUAGGAAAACCUGCAAGAUCGGCAGUGUAUCAAAUACUUGUUCACCCCACUGUAUGUCCAAAAAGGUUGGAGAAGUGGUUUAUCCAUUCUUCCCCAUUUUGGUUAGAUAGCUCUUCAUGUUAUUGUUUGUUUAGUGUGUUCCACCAUGAGACCUUCUCUCCUCUCUACCAUCAGACCCUGUCUCCUCUCUCCCUCUCUACCAUCAGACCCUGUCUCCUCUCUCCCUCUCUACCAUCAGACCCUCUCUCCUCUCUCCCUCUCUACCAUCAGACCAUCUCUCCUCUCUCCCUCUCUACCAUCAGACCUUCUCUCCUCUCUCCCUCUCUACCAUCAGACCCACUCUCCUCUCUACCUCUCUACCAUCAGACCCUCUCUUCUCUCUCCCUCUCUACCAUCAGACCCUCUCUCCUCUCUCCCUCUCUACCAUCAGACCCUCUCUCCUCUCUCCCUCUCUACCAUCAGACCCUCUCUCCUCUCUCCCUCUCUACCAUCAGACCUCUCCUCUCUCCCUCUCUACCAUCAGACCCUCUCUCCUCUCUCCCCUCAGACCUUCUCUCCUCUCUCCCUCUCUCCCAUCAGACCCUUCUCUCCUCUCUCCCUCUCUACCAUCAGACCCUUCUCUCUUCUCUCCCUCUCUCCCUCUCUACCAUCAGACCCUCUCUCCUCCUCUCUCCCAUCAGACCUCUCUCCUCCUCUCUCCCCGCUCUCCCAUCAGACCCUUCUCUCCUCUCUCCCUCUCUACCAUCAGACCUUCUCUCUUUCUCCCUCUCUCCUCCCUCUCUACCAUCAGACCCUCUCUCUUCUCUACCAUCAGACCCUCUCUCCUCUAUCCCUCUCUACCAUCAGACCCUCAGGACUGCCCGCGCAGAAGAAUUGCUAGGCCGCGCAGGGACGCAAGAGAUUGAACUUCACUGAGUUCACACUAUAUAGAUCAACAUUUUUUUCUGUGAUCUAAUCAACAUUAUAUCAACCCCUUUUCAAUGCAACAAACCAAAACAAAUCUAACUUUGCAAGAUUGAGUCUGUGAUUUUGUUGUAGGCAGAGCCAGAGCGCAGUGGAGUAGAAUUCUAUUGGCGGGGGUCAGUGGCGAUUUUAGCAUGUAAAUCUUGGUGGGGCAAACUCAACACACUUUUUUUGUAAGCAUGCCAGCAAAGCCACUACACAACACAACGCAACACUAAGCAAUACAUUAAUUGCACUAUAACGGUGACAAACGGUGCCCACAAACUGUUAGGGCCUACAUAAAGCUGUCCCAACAGCAGAGCUUUCUUUUCAGCACCAUGGAGUAAAUCCUUACCACUGCUACACCUGGCUAUCAGCGGAGCCUUAUCUGGCAGCGAAACUGUUCCAUUCAGCCUCAUUUACUGCCUUUUUAAAAAACAUAGCUGAUAUGGCUGACUUGCUUAAACAAAUGUGGUUUCUACUGACAAUUGAGAUGUACAAACUAUGGCAUAAGGGAACAACGAGCGGAUAAGAGGCAAUCCGUAAUUUCCAUUCAGACAUUAAUGAGCGAGCUAAGAUGGACAUUGUCAAUAUAACUAUUUGUUCAGCACUUUUGAAAUGUUCAGCGACAGAAUUCAGAACAUGGGCCAUUCUUAUAGUGUUCUCCAUGUACACCAAGUCAGAACCGUAGGAUAAGUAAAGGGGGCAUAUAAGCAGAUAAUGAAAGCUCUUACAAUAUUAGAUGAUUACAUUUCUCUAAAACAGGCUAUAGGCUACAUGUGCACCACCAAGUCAGAACAGUAGGCUAAGUUGUGAGGGGGAAAUUAUUAGGGUGAGGCACAUGGGCUACUAACAGCUAACUACACAACAUACACUUAGUAUUACUUUCUUAGCUACAGUAUACAUAUCUCCCUGGCAUAUUACAUCAUUUAUGCAGCAGCAUACAAUACAUUUUUGGACUCACCUUGUUGUUCUGUGCUCACUUGAACAGGAAGGUGUGGCGGUGGUCCUUCUUGUGGGCAAAUUUUGUCAUCAAACUUUGUCAUCAAAGUCUGGUAUUCUCUGGAUUUAUGGUGCUUUCAAGACAACUGGGAACUCUGACAAAAACAAGGUCGAAUCCUGACGUCAGUGAUCUUCAGGUCGGAGCUCUAGAAAGAGGCCAGAGUUCCCGACUUGGAUAUCCAAGUUGGAUGACUGUUCAAAAUGUAUUUUCCCAGUCGGAGCUUGUUCCCAGUUGUCUUGAACUCACUGAAGUCUGAGAUUUUCCAGUUGUUUUGAACGCGGCAGAAGUCAUGCUGGAUUGACAGCAUGGCCAAUGUAUUCAACCUUUUUUGGCCCAUGGUGUGUUGCGAGUGAAUGUUUAUCCUUUUAAGCUUGGAAAAGAGACCCUUAAAACCCACACCCUCUCCACUGAAUAGCAGGCUAGUGAUUGCUUUGCAAAGCUUGCAGUUAGCCACUGAUUCCUUCCAAACCACUCAUUGUUAAUGUCCAAUACGUUUUAUUUAUAAUUUCUCUUCAUAUGACAAGGGUUGAAAACGAUUUGCCAGUAGAUUGUCGACUUGAUGAUGAUGACUGCUUGCUAGCUAAAGAUGAAAGUAUGAUGUUGACAUGAUCAGUCCAAUCAAAGCUAACCGUAGAUAUAACGUGAUUUGACGUUAAUUUAUCUGUGGCCAAUGACCUUGAGCCUUCUUGGAUGGGCACUUCUAAUGUAAAUCUAUGGCAGCACCCAAGGGGCUUGAAUUUUCGAGCUCUCCCCCGUAGAUUUUGCGGUGACGUAGUGUCCCCCAUGAGUGACAUUGAGCCAAUCACGGCGCAACUAGAGAACAUUACCAACCACUACGCUCCGUAUUUUCCGCUGGCUGCCCCACCGCCACAGAAAGCACUGAGCUAGGCUGAAACACCUGCAUUUUGGAGCUGCCUUACUCAAGAAACCAAAAAAGAGACCAUGUUUGUAUGCGGCUUUAUUAACCCAAUGAUUUUUUUUACAUGCCAAAAUAACAUGCAAAACAGGCAACAACAACAAAAAACAGGUGGGGUUCAAAACGGAUGACGGGUCGCCACUGGUGGGGGUAGCCCACGAGCGGUCCUUUCAAUCACCCGUGAGUGAAUGCGCUUUUCAGAUCAGUUCAGAUCAGAGCGUGUGCAUAUUUGUUGAUAUUCUUUGCUAGUUAGCGAGUUAUUAGCCCAGUUAUAGAUAAGUAUAGGUCAGCAAUGGGGAGUUACUACACCCUAUAAGAGCACAAAACAUGUAGGCUUAGGCUACAUUUCAAUCUGUCUUUGAGUCACCUAUCAAUGCAAUUUACAGUCACCUAUUUGGCCCAUGGUGUUACAGGCCAAGUAAAAAAUCAUUAAUGACAAGCCCUUCAUAAUGUAAAAACGUUUUUAAAAGUCUCAUGCAAUGUAGGCCUGCAUUGAACACAACAUAUAGGCUACUGUAGGCUAUAUCAUAUAAAUCAAAAGCUAUUUCCCAUGUGAACAUUUUAUGGGAUUUGCUCCAUUGGUUUUGUUGGUAGGCCUACAUUAUGCUGAAAUAGCCACAAUAGCCUAUUGGCUACUUUCUAAAACUGUAAGGGUACAGCCUCAGUGUUCACUGUAAACAUGCUGGAAGUUGCACAAAAUUCUCACAACGUUCAAGUUUCCCGCUCAGUGGCCCCAACAAAUUAGAAGGAACAUUUCGUAGUCUGUGUUUCUGAUAUGUUUUCUUUACUGAUUGGUCUUUUGACCAAUCAGAUCUUUAGCCCAUAAUUGUGCAAAGGAUCAGAAUUGUGCUGCCUGUGUAAACGCAGCCUUAUUAUCCAUCUCCCUCUCACCCAUCUCAUCCUAUACAACACUGUCUAGCCUGAAUAAACCCAAGUCCCUUAUCCUAGAGACAUUUAUUGUGUAGCCUCCUGGAAUCCGUAGCGGUGGAACUGCCACGUCCCAUUUGUGAUAUUACAACAACAAAGACGUUACUUCAAACAAACAGUUUUUUUUUUUUUCCCUCUGACAAUCAUUGUACAUCAUUGCAACGUGCGAUAGAACAGCAGACUAUACUACUUUUUUUUAAACCAAGUUGUUAGAUGCUCCUCUCCUCCUUUCAUAAAACAAAACAAUAACAAGUGCACCUGGGGCGACCAGUGGCACUCUUUCAACCGAAUGCAGAUUCCAGCUUUAAGGGAGAUUUAUUACAACUUUUGCAUACAUGGCCCUCAUGCUGAAAACAUCAACAAAAUAUUUGGUACGUGUGGCAAUAUAAGAAGAUAAGAAGGGUUGAAACAACCUUCACCUCCUGUCACAAAUUCCAUAUUGGGUAAAGUGUAUUAACUGGAUCGACUCCUAACCUCACAGCACUCAGCCUAAUGCAUUACUGGCCCAUUAGAAGCUCCCCACUGGGCAAAAACUGGUUGAAUCAACGUUGUUUCCACGUCAUUUCAACAGCAAACGAAAACAUUUGAUGGCGUUGAAUCAACGUAGAAAACUGAUUUGAUUUUCAAAAGUCAUAAAAAAAAAAUGUGCACUCAACAUUCAAUCUAAAUCCAAUGACAAGGUCAAUUUUUUUGUUGAUUUCACGUUGAGUUUCAAGUAGUUGACAACUCAACCAAAUGUAAAUCAAAACUAGACGUCUGUACCCAGUGGGUUGUCUCUGAGUUAUCCCCCUCUUCGGUCUCGCCUCUGUCUCUGUUUGUCUGGCUUUUUAGGGGCCAGCAGAACAGACAGGAGGCCAGACACUGCUCCAGCUGACCAUAGGGAACCCAGAGCUCUUCCUGAAAGGGAGAUCAUAGCCACAGACAGAUCUGUAGACGUACAGGUCUAUCUAUGGCUACUGUAUGUUCUAAUCAUUGACUGGUUCUGAUGCUUGUUCACUUCUUCUGCAGUUUGAGGGCAGGAAGUACUGCGAGCAUGAACUUCCAGAUGCUGUUUGCUCCCUGCUGCCACCAGUGUGGUGAGUACAGCAACUGCACCUACCAGCAGCAUUAUCAACACUGGUGGUGUUGUCUGAAGCUUAAGGUCCAUAUUUGGGCUCCUUUAACCCUGCUUCCCUCACUUUGAGCCCUAGGCACAACUGUGUAGACUUCUAUCGCCAAUUGCUUUCAUGGGCCAAGAGUUUUUUCUUUAGUUAUUUCUCUCUAUAUUAACAGGUGGAUAUGUGUGUUCACGGGGGAUGUUAUAUUGUUGCCAGUGUGUUGUCCCUGACCACCUCCUCCUCCUCCCCAGGGGAGUUUAUCAUUGGUCGUGUGAUCAAGGCGAUGAACAACAGCUGGCACCCUGACUGUUUCUGCUGUGACCUCUGCCAGGCUGUGCUUGCUGACGUGGGCUUCGUCAAGAACGCCGGCAGGUCAGUCCAGAGACCUGGACUGGAUCACUGAUCAGCCAUUGCUGAUUUAACACCAUGGGAUAGGGGACAGCAACUUUUUCCGCUGCAUAGCUUUUAUAAAGCAAGAGAAAUCCCACACACUGUUAACACCCUCCCGUAAUUUUAAUGUAGCAACAUUAUUUCCAGCCUCUGGGUCAGGCUGAGCUCUCUUUACUAACAUGUAUCUCUCUCCCUCAGACACUUGUGUCGCCCGUGUCAUAACCGUGAGAAAGCCCGUGGUCUGGGGAAGUACAUCUGUCAGAAGUGCCACGCCAUCAUCGAGGAGCAGCCGCUGCUGUUCAAGAACGACCCCUACCACCCCGACCACUUCAACUGCAACAACUGCGGGUACACAUGCAAGAAAUCUAGAAGAACCUCCACAAACCUAUAUACAACUACUACACAACCAAAACACAAUAUUUAUACAACCUGCAUUCAACCUAACCCAAUCACUACUAAAUCACCACACAAACGUCACACACCCUCUACAUAAACCUAGUGGUCUAUAUUCAACCACUGCCAAAUCUUUACUCAACUUCUACACAACCGCUAUGCAACCUAUACAUGUACUGUAGCUUAGAGUUCAGGUGGGCCUUCGCUUCAGCAAACAAAGGACAGGAGGGGUGCUCAACAACAAUGACAACAUCAUGAGAAGGGCUUACCAAGAAAAACUUCCCAAAAGACUAAUUUGUGGUAGAAAGGAGUUGGAGCACUCAACAAAAAAAUAUGUAUUUAUUUUAGCUCACCUUAGUCCAUUGUACAGGAUGGAACAAGUGACUGAAAUUCCGAUGUCAAGCUGAGGUCUUCCUCAGAGUGACUGACUAUUGUACUUAGGUCCUAUUUAUAGUCCCAUUGAGACACAACAAUGUAAGAAAAUAAUAAUUCUGAUAUGUUUCAAGGUAAAUGGCAAAUUAAAUAGCACAAAAUACUAAUAAUAAGAAAAUAAUGUCUCGUUAAUCAAUAGCCAUGUCAAAAUAUACAUAGAUGAUAUUUGGUGUCUGUGAAUUUGGAGAAAAAGAGACCCCAAAAAAUCAAGGCAACAACAUUAGAGAAACGAUGACAGUGAAAAACCAUCUUAGCCCCUUAGGAUCCACAGUGUCUAAGGAGUACUGCCAGAAUGCCUCUGUUUUAGUUUACAUAUGAUGGUCACCACCGUUCCAUCUUGGUGAAUUUGAAGUGUUCUGUUUUUGGCAAUACCUUGGAUAUCCGAAUUAUGCGUCAAACUGGUAUGCGUAGACGGCUUACAUAAUGCAGCAUAAGGUGACCUUUUGUUGCAACACAUAUCCAGAUGAAUGCUGCUUCUAUUUUGCCGGCAAUAACACUAUCGGUGUUAUCAAACAUUACACCGCGAUCUGACCGACAGUAUUAUUUGCUUUUUGAUACAACUUGAAUACAUUCAUCUUUCAAUGUAACCUGCGUUUGUCUUGUCUUGCCACUUGCGUCGUCAGAGGAGUUGCAGUGCGUUUCUGUGUGGUGCAUCUGUUGGAUUUAUCCCAUUAUUCAUGAAAUGUCAUGCUAGACUUGACAGAAAUAGUAGCAACAUGUGAAUGUUUGAACUUUUGUUUUCACAUAUGUCCAGUAAACAAUUUUGAUGCCAUGGUACUGUCGUCUGAUCGAAUCGUUAUUCUUGCCAAUUAUGCAUUUCAAUUCUGUUUAUGUUUGACCAACAUAAGCACCCUGCAGAUGCAUUUUGAGCAUAGUAUAGGACCAUUUGUGUGUUAUACAAUUAAGGAAGCUUUGGAUUUGUAUUCUUUACUUUUUCUGGGGUGGUAAAAAACGUUUGUAGUGGUCGUGUUUUGUCACAAUGGUACAACAUAUCUUUACGGACUAACCAUUUGUUUUCUCAACAUGUUCUUCCCGCGAUUGUUUUUGAAAUAAUACGAUAUGCCUGGCUUGGCUGUAGGCUCUACUGACAGUCGCAACAAGUCAACUAUCAUGAUUUGGCGCACGCAGCCUUUCCUUCCGACUGCAUUCCGACUGCAAGCAAUGCUCAUGAUCCGUUGUGCCAAUCAUCUUUAGGUAAGCCUCUUUGAAUGAUUUAUUUAAUUUCUGAUAGACAUGAGUAGGCUACUAUUAGGCUAUAAAUUUUGGGAAAUUAAAUUAAAUGUUCUUUAGGGAAAGCUUGCCCUACCUUAUGACACACCGCCGUAUGCUCCCAUCGCUGUAACCCCGAAUCUGUUUGUAGAAACUACCUACUGCCUGCAUAUUUGGAAAGUAAUUUGCUGUGAGGGCUUUUCAGUGGAUAGACAAGAAUAAGUUAGAUGGAGGUAAGAUUACCCUCCAGUCUAGUGUUGAGAUAGCGAGAGAGCGCUCAUAGAGGCCUACGGAGGACUGAACGUCAACUGUAAACAAUCGGCUUUCGGUGUCGCAUCUAUUGAUUAUCUUAAGCCACCCUGGUAUCUCCUAAAAAGGCUGCCAAUGCUGGCACAAAUUUUAGGAUAAGAAAAACCUAUGAGAUAGGGGUUCAAUAGGUGACUGUUGCCUGACCUUGGGACGUAAAGGAGUUUUUCCAUACGUUUGUGUAAUUUUCGGUAAGCCAUAAAAACUGGACAUGCUGGGUGUGACCGUAAAUGAAAAUCCUUUCUCUCUUUGCCGAUCCAAUCCUCUGAAAGAGCGUUAUCAAGCGCUAUCUACACUGCUCAAAAAAAUAAAAGGGAACACUUAAACACACAAUGUACUCCAAGUCAUUCACACUUCUUCUGUGAAUCAAACUGUUCCCCUUAGGAAGCAACACUGAUUGACAUACAUUUCCCAUGCUGUUGGGCAAAUGAAUAGACACAGGUGGAAUUUAUAGGCAAUUAGCAAUACAAACCCCCGAUAAAGAAGUGGUUCUGCAGGUGUUGCACAGACCACUUCGCUCAGUUCCUAUGCUUCCUGGCUGAUGUUUUGGUCACUUUUUGAAUGCUGGCGGUUCUUUCACUCUAGUGUUAGCAUGAGACGAGUCUACACCCACACAAGUGUCUCAGGUAGUGCAGCUCAUCCAGGAUGGCACAUCAAUGCGAGCUGUGGCAAGAAGGUUUGCUGUGUCUGUCAUCGUAGUGUCCAGAGCAUGGAGGCGCUACCCAGUAGACAGGAGGCCCCAUACAUCAUAUACGUAUAGGAGUCCGUAGGAGGGCAACACCCGCAGCAAGGCCGUCUACCUCCGCCUUUGUGCAGGAGAGCAGGAGGAGCACUGCCAGAGCCCUGCAAAAGACCUCCAGCAGUCCACAAUGUGCAUGUGUCUGCUCAAAUGUCAAAACAUACUCCAUGAGGUGGGUAUGAGGGCCCGGGCAUCCACAGUGGGGGUGUGGUGCUUUACAGCCCAACACCGGGCAGGACUUUGCAUUUGCCAGAAUAACACCAAGAUUGGCCAAAUUCGCCACUGGCGCCCUGUCUCUUCCAGAUGACAGCAGUUCACACUGAGGCAGCAUGUUACAGACGUGACAGAGUCUGGAGACGCCGUGGAUAACGUUCUGCUGCCUGAACAUCCUCCAUCAUGACCGUUUGGCUGUGGGUUCAGUCAUGUGUGGGGUGUCAUUUCUUUGGGGGGCCGCACAAGCCUCCAUGUGCUCGCCAGAGGACCUACUGCCAUUAAGGUACCGAAUGAGAUCCUCAGACCCCUUGUGAGACCAUAUGCCUGUUGGCGGUUGGCCCUGGGUUCCCUCCUAAUGCAAGACAAUGCUAUAAGACCGUCAUUGGCUGGAGUGGGUGUCAGCAAGUUCCUGCAAGAGGAGGCAUUGAUGCUAUGGACUGGCCCGCCCGUUCCCCAGACCCUGAAUCCAAUUGAGCCCAUCUGGGACAUCAUGUUCCUCGCUCCAUCCACCAAACGUCCACUUUGCAGCAUCACCCAGCCGGUGUCCAGAAUGGGCGGAUGCUUUAGUCCAGGUCUGGGAGGAGUCCCUCAGGAGACCAUCCGCCACCUCAUCAGGAGCAUGCCCAGGCGUUGUAGGGAGGUCAUACAGGCACGUGGAGGCCACACACCCUACUGAGGCCUCAGUUUGAACUUUUUUAAGGACAAUUACAUCAAAGUUGGAUCAGCCGGUAGUGUGGUUUUCCACUUUAAUUUAGUGACUCCAAAUCCAGACCUCCAUGGGUUGAUACAUGUUGAUUUCCUUGAUCAUUUUUUGUGUUAUUUUUGUUGUCAGCACAUUCACAACUAUGUCAAAGAAAAAAGUAUUUAAUAAUAUUAUUUCCAUUCAGUCAGAAUCUAGGAUGUGUUGUUUAGUGUUCCCUUAUUUUUUUGGAGCAGUGUAUAUCCUUUUAUUCUGUCUGUGGGGUUGGAACGGAGAGGGACAUAACAUUCUUAGUACGGCGGUGGUAAAAGUAGGAAAAUGUUAUGCACUCACUACUGUAAUUCGCUCUAAUAAAGAUCCUGCUAAAUAACGUAAAUGUACUUAGUGGCAGAGUUGAUCAUAGACCUCACUAUCAUAUUGUUCCCUGCUUAAUAUCACAAUAACCCUCCCUUAUCGCAUUUUUAUCCACAUAUCUGGAUUGUCUUCAUUCCUUCAAAGCAUUUGUUUUAACAUUAUGAGAUAGCUUCUUGUUAGGAGUAGUGUGGGCCAGUUUAGGAAACUCAAAUGUUCUAAUCAGCCUGCUGUAGGUGAGAACAGAGGACGCUUUUUGAAAUUCUUUUGUUCUCCUCUUAUCAGAAAUACCCAGAUGAUUAUAGUUUCCUAAACACUGCAUUGCCAUUCUAAACCGGCUGCUAUUCGUAAUAACAACACGGACUUGCUAUUGCUCGCCACUGCAUAGAUGCCACCAUGGCCCAUCUCCUCCCUGGGCUUUGUAAGCCAAUAAACACAUCCACAUUUCCCAAGAGGAGGUGGCAUCGUACGUAAACUAAAACAAGAGAAUCACGUGCAUACCCCUAGACACUUUGGAUCCUAAGGGUCUUAAACAAUGAUUUUUCACUGUCAUCGUUUCUUUCUGUUGUUUGCCUUGAUUUUUUGGGGUCCUCUGUGUCUCCAUAUUCACAGACACCCAAAGACAUCUAAGGUAUAUUUGGACUGGCCUAUUGACUAACGAGAUACACUAUUUUCUGUUAUAAUUUGUAUUAUUUUGGGUUAUAUUUGCCAUUUACUUGAAACAUAUCUUAUUAAUUUUCUUCACCUUGUGGUCUCAAUGGGCCACUUAGGCUAUACAUUGGAGCUAAGUCAUGGUCAGGGAAGUCCUUUGAAAGACAUCAGCUUGAUGUCAAACCUCAGUCACCUGUCUGCAAUCCUGUACAUGGUUAGUUGAGCUAAAAUAAAUUAAAUCUCUGGCGUUUUUUUUGUUGAGUGCUCCAGACCUUUCUCCCCUCUAAUUAAUCCAUUUGGAAGUUUUUCUUGGUAGCCCUUCUCAUGUACGUAUAUCCUGGUCAUGUGGUAAUAUAAUAAUAAUAAGUUGCCAUUUUAGCAACGCUUUAUCAAAGCGACGGUUACAGUCAUGGGCGUCAUACAUUUUUUGUGUAUGGGUGGUCCCGGGGAAUCGAACCCACUACCUUGGCGUUACAGCGCCGUGCUCUACCACUAAGCUACAGAGUACCACUAGAAAUGGUAGACACUGCAACCUGUCAUCACAUUAGCCAUCUCUACAUAGAGGUCGUCUGGAGGGUAUGUUUUCUCUGUAGCAGCAUGGGGACCCUCAAGGUUGGGUUUAGUAGAGUUUUCCCUCUGUACAAGUCCAGGCCAAAUGGAGAGAAUAGAGGAGGGAGAGGACGGAGUAGGGAGAUAGUACUGACGAUGAAUAAAAUGAUUAUCGCAGUAAGCUCUUUAGAAUGACAGUUAAAAGGCAGUUGAGAGGCACCCUCCAACCUACCAACCUUUCCCGUAAGACUGCCCUGUCCCUUAACAACCUACAUUGUCACCUGGUCCUUGAGUUCGAUGUUGUGAUGAUGAAUAUUCAUUCAGGAAGUAUGCAGACAAGUCAUUCCUCUAGGUACACUGCCACUGUUUGUGUUGUGAUACAGUUAGAGUUAUUAUCCCCUAUAGGUAGAACUCACCAAGACAGGAGCCACUGUUGGCAGGAUGCAAACAAAACAAAAGCCUCACCCAGCAUCACACACACACCAGAGAACAACCACUUUCGACAGGAGCUGACGCAGUGAUGACUCAUACUAACACAUUUUCAUACACUCUAAAAAAUAAAGGUUCCUGUAGGAUCCUUUAGGGGUUAUUUGAGUGAAACUGUUGGGGACCCUAAUAAUUUCUUUGAAGAACCCUUUAAAAUGGUUUUUCAAAUAACCCCUUUUAAUGGAUCCUCAAAGAACCUUUUGAAGAACCUUUUGGGGUUCAUUUUGAACUACCCCCCUCCCCCCUCCCCUGUUAUUCUAUUAUGAGGGGGACAUAUACAGUGGGUAAAAAAGUAUUAGUCAGCCACCAAUUGGUGGCAAAGUUCUCCCACUUAAAAAGAUGAGAGAGGCCGGUAAUUUUCAUCUAGGUACAACACGUCAACUAUGACAACAAACUGAAUUUUUGUUUCCAGAAAAUCAAUUGUAGGAUUUUGUAAUGAAUUUAUUGCAAAUAUGGUGGAAAAUAAGUAUUUUGGUCAAUGAACCAAAGUUUCUGUCUCAAUACUUUGUUUAUACCCUUUGUUGGCAAUGACACCGUUCAAACGUUUUCUGUAAAGUCUCACAUGUUUUGCACACACUGUUGCUGUAUUUUGGCCCAUUCCUCCAUGCAGAUCUCCUCUAGAAGCAUUGAUGUUUUUUGGGGCUUGUCCGCUGGGCAACAACGGGACUUUCCACUUCCCUCCCAAGAUUUCUAUGGGGUUUGAGAUCUGGAUACCUGCUAGGCCACUCCAGGACCUUGAAUGCCUUUCUACGAACCACCCUUCUUUGCCCGGGGCGGUGGUGUUUGAUCAUUGUAAUGCUAAAGAACCCAUCCAACGUUUCAUCUCUUCAAUGCCCUUGCCCUUGCUGAUGAAGGAGGUUUUCACUCAACAUCUCACGAUACCUGGCCCCAUUCAUUCCUUUUCCUUUACACUGAUCGCUCGUCCUGGUCCCUUUGCAGAAAAACAGCCCCCAAAGGCAUGUUGUUUCCACCCCCUGCUUCACAGUAGAUUGGUGUUCUUUGGAUGCAACUCAGCAUUCUUUGUCCUCCAAAAACACUACGAGUUGAGUUUUUACCAAAAGUUCUAUUUUGGUUUCAUCUGACCAUAGCAUUCUCUUCUCCCAAUCCUCUUCUGGAUCAUCGCAAAUGCAACUCUAAGCAAACUUCCGAACGGGCCUGGACAUGUACUGGCUUAAGCAUUGUUACCACGUCUGGGCCACUGCAGGAUUUGAGUCCCUGGCUGCGUAGUUGUGUUACUGAUGGUAAGGCUUUUGUACUUUGGUCCCAGCCUCUGCAGGUCAUUCACUAGGCCCGCCGUGUGGUUCUGGGAUUUUUGCUCACCGUUCUUGUGAUCAUUUUGAUCCCAUUGUUUUGAGAUCUUGCAGGGAGCCCCCAGAUCGAGGGAGAUUAUCAGUGGUCUUGUAUGUCUUUUCCAUUUCCUAAUAAUUGCUCCCUGACCUUUGUAUUUCUUCAAACCAAGCUGCUACCUAUUGGAGAUUCCAUCGUCCAGCCUGGUGCAGGUCUCAAUUUUGUUUCUGGUGUCCCUUUGACAGCUCUUUGGUCUUGGCAUAGUGAGCUUGGAGUGUGACUGUUUGAGGUUGUUGACAUGUUUCUUUUAUACUGAUAACCGUUCAAACAGGUGCCAUUAAUACAGGUCCGAGUGAGGACAGAGAGCCUCUUAAAGAAAGAAUUACAGGUCUGUGGAGAGCCCGAAUCUUGCCUUGUUUGUAGGUGACCAAAUACUUAUUUCCACCAUAAUUUGACAAAUAAAUUCAUUUAAAAUCCUACAAUGUGAUUUUCUUCUGGAGGAACAAAAAAAAUAAUUCUCUCAAAUUGUCCUGUCCCAUAGUUUGACGUGUACCUAUGAUGAAAAUUACGGCCUCGCUUCAUCUUUUUAAGUGGGAGAACUUGCACACUUGGUGGCUUGAAAUUAAAAUACUUUUUUCCCUUUUCCCCCCACUGUAUAUCAUAACAAUAACAACAUAAACACACAAUAUUUUAGUUCUCAGUGUUUCUUAGAUUUUAGUGGCAAGCAGAAUAAAAAUCGCAAAGAUGAGGGAACCUCCCAUCAGAGCCCCAAGUCCCAAUGGGGUAUAUACUCUGGCGUGGUUGAAUGUUCUCCGUAUCCAUAGCCUGUAGCCAGAAUGAUUUUUGCAGUGCAAUGGAUCGAACAGGUUUUCCUGUUUCUUCCAUCAGAAGGUGUAGGGAGGGGGUGAAGUAUGUGAACCCCAAAAAAUGUAUUCUACAGAUGAUUAACAAACUGCACACUAACAGUAUUCAUACCUUGGUUUUUUGGUGAAUUUGUGGAAAUGAACAAAACUUUUUGAUAAUGGUUAUCAUACACAUACCUUGUCCAUAAGUAGAGACCUAUGAUAUUUUCAUUGAAGAGGUAAGGGAGGAGGAUGGUACAUGUGAUCCGAUAACAUACCAAUACAAUUUGACAUACCUUUGUAUGCCUCCUCACAGACCCCAAAGUGAGCAGUUUUCAUUCAUCUGCACCCCAUACAGAUAAGCCUUCAAACAUAUUUUCUUAUAUAAUACAUAUUAUUACUUCUUUGGGGGGGGGGGGGGGGGUUAUUGUAUCCAUUCAUUUGUGCACAAAUUGAAAAGAAUAUUGGUAUCACAUAAAACAUAUCAAUUUAGAAUCGUAAAAGGACAAAUAUUUACAUUUUUCAGUUAAGUGCCUGCCCUGCCUAUCCUUUCAAAUCAAAUCCAAAUGUUUCAGUUGGCAGUUAGGUGUCCCACACGACCCCCACCACUAAGGAGGUUCUCGAUGAACCCACCUCCUCUGGGGUUUUGGAAGAACCUUUUGGGGGCAUUGUCUGCCAAUAACCUAAGGUCUUCAAAGAACUUUGGAGGAACUUAAGAAGAAUCCUUGUUGAACCCCUAAUUUUUAGAGUGUAUCACAGAUACAGAUAGAGGUGUGGUCCAGCAUUCCACUGCUUCCAUCCCUCAUGGGCUGCAGUAUCUACUUUAAUAUUUCUACUUCUAAUAUGCAUCUUAACUCAGAACACAUACCACCCCCCACUAACCUCUGGUUGUAUGUCGCGUACAGGUUUGUCCCUCCUCUCCUCCCCCGUAGCCAAGGAGCUGACGGCUGCUGCCAGGGAGCUAAAGGAGAGCCUGUACUGCUGCCCUGCCAUGACAGAUGGGCUUCCAUAUGUGGCCCGCAGCGACAGACCCAUCGCGGGCCCGCGUGGUCAUGCCAUGGGCAAGCCGUGGCACUCGAGGUAUGAUGACAUCCCCCUUAUUCAAUAUGGAACCUGUUUCAAGGUUGCAAUGUGAUGGGACAUUCAGAUAAAAAUGUAUUGUAUAUGAUUAGUAUUUUGUAGCCAGUAUUAUUACAAUAUUUUAUUAUUAUUAUAUUAACAUUAUGAUCUUAGGUAUGUACUGCUGCUUGUCUGUCUGUCGCUGGAACACUAUUAUUUCCUAUUAUAAACAGGUGGUUUUGGAAUUCCCCAUUGUUAACAUCACAUUAAAAUGUUUCAAGGAGUUUGUAUUGGAUUAUUUUAUACUACCUCCUGUUCUGUUUCACCCUGCCCUCAUAUCAUCUCUGUGGCCAUGUUGACUAUCUAGAUGGAGGACAUCCUCUUCUUUCUUUUUCCCUCUUAUACAUCCUCUGUUCAAUAUCUAUGCUGCCUUCUUCCUCUCUACCCCCCCCCCCCCCCGCACACCAUGUAUGUGUGCUCUGUGUGAGCGUCCGUUCGAGCCACCCAUAUUACGAGUGUGGGACCACGCUACUGUGAAAAUCACUUUAAACAUGGUGUGGGGUUCGUUAGGGUGACUGAUGGGGAGACCCUUCCUGGCUGCAUCUGUCCUGCGCUCUGUCUGGUCCUGUGCUGCAUUCUGCCCCCUGGUUGGACCUCCCUGGUACUCACCCCUCACAGACAAACCAGGCUCCUCCUGUUUCUGUCUGUCUGUCUUGUCGUAGGGUGAUGCUUCCACAGGGGCCGCUCCCUGCCCUGCUGGCUGUCCUCUGA